GUGACAGACCCAGCAUGGCCCGGCAGGGACCCCACCCCGCGCUCCUCCUGCCCCUGGUGCUGCUGGCAGCCGGCCUGGCCCAGCUCGGCGAAGGAGCCACCUACCAGGACUUCGUGAACCGCCACGUCGACUACGAGAAGACCCCGAUCAACCCGGAGCGCCUCUACUGUGACCGCAUGAUGCAGCGCCGGGGCAUGGCGGGCAGGACCUGCAAACCCACAAACACGUUCCUGCACGCCCCUGAGGCGCAGCUCCAAGCCAUCUGCGGCCGCGGCGGGCACCACUUCCCGCACCUCCGCUAUGACAACCUCUAUGAAAGCAACGACGUAAUUAGUGGCACCCUGUGCACGGAGGCGCCGGGCUCCAGGCCAAACGACUGUAAAUACCGAGAGUCUCCGGUCCGUUCCCGGGUCACUGUGGGCUGUGUCCGUGGGAGACCCGUGCACUUACAGGCAUGAGCUGGGAUCAUGGGUCCCGCUUCCCUGCUGUGUCGCUGGGGCCUCUCCUGCCCCAUCCCUGCCCUUCCCAGCCCUUCCCAGCCACCCCCAUUUUU